CAGUCAUUUAAGUUCAGGCGCUGAGUAUCUCACACGAGGACGAUAGAAGAACACGAAUUUUCGUUCAUAACUGUCAAAUAAGUUGAACCUCUCCAUUCAAGUUCAAUCUCGAUUCAGGAUAGAACAGAGAACGUGCAAGAAGCGUAUGAUUGAAAAGAUCCAUUUGAAUUUAACCAGAUCUUGACACGUAUCCACGGUUUUGCUGCCACGGGUAAAAGUUAAAAUGUCUAGAUGGUAUUGUAUCAAAUACUUUAUUUAACAACAAGAUUUGAAAACGUGUCGUCUUCACGCCGAGAGGGAUACAGUUAGUCUACAUUGAAAGACCCUUUAUUUAAUUUGAAGAAGAGACAUCGUUUGCAUGAAACUGUUGCAAGAUCAGAGCAGUGAAUGCAGCUACACCUCACUGGAAGUGUGGAGAAGUGUGAAACAGACUGAAGAGCGCUUCAUCUGUGUCCAUACUCCACCGCUAGCCAGCCCUCAUUUAACCCUUGACCUCAAACCCACCCUGAAGCCAACCAUCAUGUCUCUGAGUACGUUCCACCUGAUGCAAACCCUCAAGAACUCCCCGGCGGCCCUGCGACGUCACUUCCAGCGGGACCGCACAGAGUCUUUGUCCCACGGCGACCCGCUGUUCAAGGUCCACUACCUGGGCACGGAAAAAAUCUUCUCCCUGGACCGUGACCAGGCCCAGGACGUUAUAAGCCGCCUGUUAGAAGGGGCUGCCAACGGAAAGAAACUGAGCAAAGAUCACGCCCUCGUGGUACGCCCGCGAUAUGUGGAGGUCAAGGAACUGAGCACGGGCCGACAGCUCACCAAAACCUACCUGCAGGACAUUGCCUACUGUGCGGCUGAUACCAACCGCCCCAACGUCUUUCUCUACAUCUGUAAGCAGCGCGGGCAGCAGCUGCAGUGCAGGGUGUUCUGGUGUAGCCGGGCGGAGCGGGCCCGGGACAUGACGGCCUGCCUGGCGCAGUCUUUCCAACAGGCGCUGAGCGCCUGGCAGCAGGACGACACGGCCACGCUCGCCCAUGGAGAGGGGAAGUCGAAAGGGGGAGAGGAGAUGACGUCGAGCCCCAGCAUCCCCAGGAGCUGUAGCACGCUACCCGCCAGUCUAGGAAAAGUGCGCUGGAAGAAGAGGGGCUCCUUGUCUCACAGUCCCCUCAGGGCCAUCACAAGGAGGGGGUCCACUUCUGAAAGCUGGAACUGAGACCCAGACCAUCAAGCAUGGACCUUUUACUGACGACGCCCCACUAGGGGUGACCGCACGGAGGGAGGGACUGGAUGAGAGAAUGGACGAAAAGAAACUGUCCACCGGGCUAGAGGAUGACCAUUUCCAGACUAGUCGUUUCCUUCAUCAGCGGGUCUAACUUUGGCUGUUUGUAUGUGUAUUUCAAGAACAGUGCUGACUCGAGAAGCUGAACUCCUACUUUUGUUUGCUGCUGACGUGGGAAAAGUUGCUUACAAGGCGUUUGGGAUAGGCAUUCCACACCUGAUGAGAGCUGAUUCCUCACAUCGUGUUGGAAGAACGCGACAAGCUCCUUCCAUAGCCAUCUGUCUCAUCAAAACAUUGUCCUGACAUUUAAGCUAGUUUGGUCUUCUGACAAAAGGACUUUUGGGACUUAAAAUCCAACAAAAAAUGCAUUGCAGGCCACAUGGAUUGCUAAAACGGGUUACUGCAAAGCUGUUCUUCUUAUUAAGAUUAUUUAUUUAUUUUACAGAGGUAUCUGUGUCAUGAUGUUUUUACCCUCUGGUCCAAACCUCCCGUCUUUGUCUAAAUAUGCUUGUUUUUAGCUAGAAGGUAGAGGAGUUCUGGAAAAUGCCGUGAAUUGUGGGCCAUGUUUGCCUUGGAAGAGGGAGGUAAAUAAGCUUGUGAGUAGAUGAGGGGGGGAUUGAAAGUUUACUUCUGAUCCUAGUAACAAGAUGGGAAGAAUGGGAUUUGUCACCACACAGACUGUAGUGCCAUUGUCAUGUUUUUCAAUGCACUAUAAGGCAGUAAGUCUAUUAAUUCAAAUGUAUUUUUAUUUAUUUUUUUAAUUGUUUUUUUGCUGGCUCCUAUCGUUUAGGCCGUCAAACAGUUGUCACAUUGUUCAAGAUUAAUUUUCCCUCGUUCUAAAGGUUUACUAGAGGUCUUUGGCUUCCAUAACUUGUUGGACAGGCCUAGCAACUUUUGUGUUUGAACAAGAACCCACUAAACAAACAGUAUCAGAAGCAUCCUGCUAUAGCAGGUUUGUCAGUGAUCACUACUGCGAUGAUCAUUUGCAUUUACGUGGAUAAAUCACGUGGAUGAUUAGAAAGUGCCUUGCUGCUGCUACUCUGUAAUGCCUGUACCACAGGGAACCAGGAACAGCGUGUUCCAGUUUGCAAUGUUGGGCUGUGCACCUGCAUUCCGGAGGCGUUCAAGUUCUAGAGCCCACCUUAUAGUCCCUCCACCACCACUGUUUCGUAGCGUUCACAUGUUAGUGUGGCCCCCAAGCCCGAAUACCUCUCCGCCUGCAUAGUCGCACACAGACACACUGUCUCUCCUUACACAAUUUUCUCAUGCCAUGCAAGUGCAUUCCACAAUGUAGCGACCUCUCUAUUCAGACAACCGUUAAGGUCAGGUUACAAAAGUAGAAAAGGUUUUUGUGGACUUUUAAGUCCACCCAGCUCCACUAUUGCAUAAGAGUCAUGAUUGCACAUGCUAUAUACUUUAUGGUUUGCAACGAGAGACGUAAAGGAGAGGGUUGUGUUCUGGCUGUUCCUUAGUCUACCACCCCACACCAAACCUUAACACCAACUACUACACUUGUGACAAGGCAAGGCUAGUGGGAGAUACCUGCAUGUUUUACAGUUACAGUGCCUCCAUUUUAAUUUAAUUUAUGACUGACUGGUUUUGUCAUGGAAUUCAUGUUUUUAAUCAUUUCUUUUCAUUUGUGUGUGUCCAAAAUGUAUCUUAAACUACAAAAAGGCACCCUCAUUUUAAGGGAGCCCAAGUGCCUGCUUUAAGUUUUUUUUUUUAUUAUUUGUCCUUGUGUAUAUAUUUAAUAUAUGUAUUUUAUGGAAUAAUAAACUUUUAUACAACUA